AUGAGACCUAGCCGGAUGGAGGAGCUCAAAGAAGCUCCGAACUUGGUGGCAUUGCCGGAAAAAACCAAUGGUUUAUUGUCUCGCUUCAUGCGCGUGGGCCUCAUUUUCUUCCUGAUCGCGUCAAUCUCACUCGCCCUCUGCUCCACCUUCUCUUCCCAAACCACCAGCUGGUUCCCCAUCCUCGCCCAAAACCAAACCCGUACCGCCAUCCCCACCUUCACCGACAACAACACCGAACUCCCGACCAACAUCUCCCACAUGCUCUUCGGCCUAGGCAGCUCCGUUGCGACGUGGCGUGACAGGAGCCGCCUGGCCGAAACAUGGUGGGACUCGAAAACGACACGAGGUUACGUCUGGUUAGACGCAAACCCCGAGAACGUAAGUGAUGUCUCAGCUCAUAUUCCGCACCGGGUAUCGUCGAACUGGACCCAGUUCAAGUUCACACACUCGCAGUCGGAGGUUCGGAUCGGCCGAAUUGUUGUGGACAGCUUCAACCUCCGGCUGCCGGACGUGAGGUGGUUUGUGAUGGGAGACGACGACACGGUGUUCUUCCCCGACAACUUGGCGUCGGUGCUGUCACGUUACGAUCAUAACAAGAUGUACUAUAUUGGCGGGAACUCGGAGAGCGUCGAGCAGGACGUGAUGCAUGCGUACGACAUGGCGUUCGGCGGCGGCGGAUUCGCCGUCAGCUACGCACUGGCGGCGCGUCUGGCGGAGCUGAUGGACGGGUGUUUGGAUAGGUACUACAACAUGUACGGCUCCGAUCAGAGGGUGUGGGCCUGCGUGAGCGAGAUCGGUGUGCCGCUAACGAAGCUGAGUGGGUUCCACCAGUUUGACAUCAGAGGUGAUCCUUAUGGUGUUUUAGCGGCACACCCAUUGGCACCACUAUUGUCCCUUCACCACAUCGACGCCGUGGAACCCAUCUUCCCCAACCAGUCUCAUCUAGACGCAGUCACGUCCCUCAUUCAGGCAUACCGGGUCGACCCGCCUCGGAUCCUACAGCAAAGUGUCUGCUACGACCGGAGGCGUAAAUGGACAGUGUCCAUUUCAUGGGGCUACACCCUUCAGCUCUACCCCUCAAUGGUGUCGGCUCUUGAACUUAAGAUGCCGUUGCAGACGUUCAAGACGUGGCGGAGUUGGACUGAUGGACCCUUCACGUUCAAUACCCGACCCGUGAGUUCGAACCCGUGUGAGAAGCCGAUCACUUAUUUCUUGGAGCAUGUUAAGGACGGCAAGAGUGGGAAUACCUUGACUACUUACAAGAGGUUUGCAGGUCAUGAAGAGAAGAAAUGUAAUACGACAAACUAUGCUCAAGCAAUGGCAUUGCAGAGGAUCGUAGUCCUCUCAAAGAAGAUGGAUCCUCACUACUGGUCAAAGGUAACUUCACCCAUGCAUCUUUGGUAUAAGAACCAUUGCUCCUAUUUUUCCACACACUUUGGUCCCAUUCAUAAUGUGAUUGAUCGUACCACAUACAUCAGAUUAUUGUUACUAUUUCCCAAUAUGCACGACAAUGUUAGCUAGGGCUUAUAAAAAAAAAAUAGUUAGCUAAGGGAAUCACAUUUUUUUCUUCUUCAAAUCACAUCGAUCGUGAAACCCUAUUUGCAUUUUCUCGACGUGAUUUAGUAGUUCUAGCUCUGAUGUGAUUGUGUUGAUUUGGCAGGAGCAGGCUCCGCGGAGACAAUGCAGCGAGAUUAAGAAUCGUGCAAGCUUAAGGGGUGGAACGAUGCUGAUUAGAAUUAGGAGAUGCAGAUCCUCGGAAUCUAUAACAAUUUAGAGGGUUGAUAGGGCCGGAUAGAGGGUUGAUGAGCUCUAGAGCUGGGUGGUUAUGCAUGUACAAUACCCUAGGGUAGUGAGGUUUGUUUUUCUGGAAGAUUAGCACGUAUGCAUGCUUGUAGAGAUUAGCACCCAUAAGCUAUUGCUGCAUUUUUGUUACUGUUCGAUUACCAUCUCUAUGAUCGAG